ACGGAUCUCCAGGAGGCUUGGUUGGUGCAGGAACAAAAAGUCCCCACAGACGAGCUCCUGAGGGAGGGAAGGUGGCAUGGAAUGGCACGCGUUGUUUCCUGUCACAAGCAGGAAAGUGACUGCCCAGACCCCCAGCCUUCGCGAAUAUUUCACUGACAUGCGGAGGGCGGACGCGUUGAGAUCUUGUUUUGCCAGCACGCACCUCCUGGUCGCCGAGCAAGAGUCGCAUCAAGACUGCCACGGUCCCUGUCAAGCUCCAAUACACCACCGCAAUGCAGAUUGGACGUGCGAUCAUGGCGGAUCAGGGCGAUCUAGGCAUGCCUCGUCGGCGACCCCCCCUUGUUGGCCGACCUGGAUCUCGGGAGUGAGGCUCUACGCAUGGGAAUUCAAUUUACACGAGAUUGGACCGAAAAUAACUUCGACGACGCGCCGCACGCGUCCCAGACGGUCAGAGCGCGCGUGUGCACUGCUGGGUGGAGCUCUAUCAUCUCAUUUCGAGCAUCCUGAGGUCUUCCUUGCGAGCCUGCCUGCCUUCACCUAAGCUAGCCCUGCCUUAGCUCCCGCGCUGGUCACAACCUACUGGCUUCAGCGUCACAGGUGCAAGUGGCUCAUCGCCGAUUUCAACAUCUUGGGCGG